UUGACCUGCCUUCCUCAAUAAGCUUAAUCAUUUCUGGCUUUUGAUUUAAAGUGAGAGAUGUGCUACUCUUCCUUUCACUUGAACACUUAGAGGUGAUUGUAGGGUUGCUAAUAGAUCUAAUUUCAAUAUUGUUCUGUCUUAGGGAGUAGGGUGGCCUGAGGAGAGGGAGAGAGAUGGGGGACAGCUGGUUGGUGGAACAGUUAGAACACACAAUAUUUAUCAAGUUCACUGUCUUAUAUGGGCACGGUUUGUGGCACCCCAAAACAAUUACAAUAGUAACAUCAAAGAUCAUUGAUCACAGAUCACCAUAACAGACAUAAUAAUAAUGAAAAUGUUUGGAAUAUUACAAGAAUUACCGACAUUAGCACAGAGACAUGAAGCAAGCACAUGUUGCUGGAAAAAUGACGCCAGUAAGACUUGCUCAAUGCAGGGUUGCUGCAAACCUUCAAUUUGUAAAAACAGCAGUAUCUGUGGAGCACAGGAAGGUAAAGCGCAAUAAAACAAGGUAUGCCUGUAUGUUAAAUUGGAUGGAAUGUGUGUGUAUAUAGCAUACACAGACACAUUUGCGUUUGUAUAUAUGUAACAGCUGUCACUGAGUAGCAUUGUUCUACACGCUACAAGAAUGACCUCAUAUAAUCCUCACAAGCUGUCAGUAACCCUGUUCUACAAAUGAGGGAACCAAGGCACAGAGAGGUUAAGUGACCGUCCAGAUGAGAUUUAAACCCAGGUAUUCUGACGCCUGGAUAACCACCGGUAAGCUAUGGGGGGGAUAGGGGACUGAAGAAGGCACAUUGUUCAGAAGUGGUUACCCUAGGGAGGGGAGGAGAGCAGCUGAAAGGGUAUUUGCUAGUGUUUCAUAUAUGUUUCUGUAUCAUUUGAAUCUUUUACAAAAUGUGUUCAUAGAUUACUUAUGUAUUUUUAAAGGGAAAAAAGUUUUUAUGCCGGACUCAUUUUUGUUCUAUUAUGUAAACAAAUUUUAAAAUAAUUCUGUAGGUAAAACAAAAAUGCAGAAAGCUUUAGACGUUCUUCAGAUUCUUACGAUCUUUAUGUUUUUCAAUAUUACAUUGGUGAACCAUGUACUGAUCUCAUUAUAGAUAACCCAGUUAAAUAUUAUCUCAACUGUACUUCAUAAAGCUUCCACAUGCCUCUUAGUAGCAGUUCCUUGAAAAAUGAAGCUGCGUUGGAAUUUAGUCUCAAUCGUCCUCUUAAGUUUUUCAUGCUGGGGGUUUGGCUGGGAGCCUGAUAGAGAUUUCAUUUCAGCUGCUGGUCCUCUAACCAAUGACUUGCUGCACAACCUGAACAGCCAACUGGGAAACCAGGGCUAUAAUGUUGCUACAGGUGACAAGGACAUUUAUGUUUGUUACCAGUCACUGCCUGCUUUCCUGCCAGAGUACUUCAGCAGUCUUCAUGCCAGUCAGGUUACCCAUUAUAAGGUAUUUCUGCCAUGGGCACGGCUUCUCCCAGCAGGAAGCUCCGAGAAUCCAGACGAGAAAAUGGUGCAGUGCUACCAGAAACUCCUGGAGGCCCUGAAGGCUGCACAGCUUCAACCCAUCGUCAUCCUGCAUGACCAGACACUACCUACCAGCAUCGUCCAGGGAAGCCAAGUCUUUGCUGACCUCUUUGCUGACUAUGCCACAUUUGCCUUCCAUGCCUUUGGGGACCUAGUUGGGAUCUGGUUUACUUUUAGUGACUUGAACAGGGUGAUGAUGGAACUUACCCAUCAGGAAUCAAAAGCGUCACGUCUCCAGACACUUGCAGAUGCACACAGAAAAGCCUAUGAGAUUUACCACCAAAAUUUUGUUUCUCAGGGUGGAAAGGUCUCCAUAGUCCUACCAGCUGAAGAGAUCACUGAGUUCCUGCUACAACCAUCCAUGUUUGCGCUUGCCAAGGACUCGGUCGAUUUCCUCUCUCUUGAUUUGUCCCCUGAAUGCCAAAGUGAGGUGACUUUAUCACAGCAGCUGAGUAAAUUGCAGACCAUUAAGCCCAAAGUGAAAGUUUUCAUCUUCAACCUAAAACUCCAGAACUGCUCCUCCUUUAGGACCGCCACGCUGCUCUUCAGCCUGAUAGAAGCCAUAAAUAAAGACCAAGUGCUCAUCAUUGGAUUUGAUAUUAAUGCAUUCCUGAACUGUACAUCAAGUUCCAUGAAAAGCAGGUCGUGUUCUCUGAUUAACAACCUGACCCUUCAGUCUAACCAGCAACAGGACAGCAGAACCGCAGUUGGCUCCUCUUCCCCUGUCUCUGCCUACCAGAGGGUCUGGGAAAUGUUUGUGAACCAAUCCAGAGCAGAGCAGGAUGCUUUCCUGCAGGAUGAUUUUCCUGAAGGCUUUCUCUGGGGAGUCUCCACAGGAGCCUUUAAUGUGGAAGGAGGCUGGGCUGAAGAUGGAAGGGGCCCAAGCGUCUGGGACCAAUAUGGACACCAGAAAGCUGCCGAGGGCCAAGCAACACCAGAGGUGGCCAGUGACAGUUACCACAAGGUGGACUCUGACGUGGCCCUGCUUCGAGGCCUCCGGGCUCAGGUCUACAAAUUUUCCAUCUCCUGGUCCCGAGUCUUCCCUACUGGCAGCAGCCGUCCCAGCCCCCGUGGUGUCGCCUACUACAACAAGCUGAUCGACAGCCUUCUGGACUCUCACAUUGAACCCAUGGUGACCCUGUUCCACUGGGACCUGCCCCAGGCCCUGCAGGAUAGCGGUGGGUGGCAGAACGAGAGUGUGGUGGAUGCCUUCGUGGACUACGCAGCCUUCUGCUUCUCCACUUUUGGAGACCGUGUGAAGCUGUGGGUGACCUUCCACGAGCCAUGGGUGAUGAGCUACGCAGGUUAUGGUACUGGCCAACAUGCACCUGGCAUCUCCGACCCAGGAGUGGCCUCUUUUAAGGUAGCUCACUUGGUCCUCAAGGCUCAUGCCAGAGCUUGGCAUCACUACAACAGCCACCAUCGCCUGCAGCAGCAGGGGCGUGUGGGCAUUGUGCUGAACUCAGACUGGGCAGAGCCUCUGUCCCCAGAGAGGCCCGAGGACCUGAGGGCCUCUGAGCACUUCUUGCACUUCAUGCUGGGCUGGUUUGCACACCCCAUCUUUGUGGAUGGUGACUACCCAGCAGCCCUGAGAGCCCAGAUCCAACAGAUGAACGAACAGUGCCCAAGCCCUGUGGCCCAGCUCCCUGAGUUCACUGAGGCAGAGAAGCAAUUGCUGAAAGGAUCAGCUGACUUUCUGGGUCUGUCCCAUUACACCUCCCACCUCAUCAGUGGUGCCCAACAAAACACCUGCAUCCCCAGCUAUGAUACCAUCGGAGGCUUCUCCCAACAUGCGGACCCUGCAUGGCCUCGGACUUCAUCCCCCUGGAUUCGUGUGGUGCCCUGGGGUAUAAGGAGGCUGUUGAAGUUUGUAUCCUUGGAAUACGCAAGAGGAAACGUUCCAAUCUACCUGGCUGGGAAUGGCAUGCCCAUAGACGAAAGUAAAAAUCCCUGUAAUGACUCCUUGAGAGUAGACUACUUCAGUCAGUAUAUCAAUGAGGUGCUCAAAGCUAUCAAGGAAGACUCGGUGAAUGUUCUUUCUUACAUUGUUCGUUCCUUCAUUGAUGGCUUUGAAGGCCCCUCUGGCUACAGUCAGAGAUUUGGGCUGUACUACAUCAACUUUAACGACAGCAGCAAGCCAAGGACUCCCAGGAGAUCUGCCUACUUUUUCACCAGCAUCAUUGAAAAGAACGGUUUCCUCACUAAAGUAGUAAAUAGGCUGCCACCAGCUAUUACGCCAGAUGUCCGCCCCAAAAUUAGAGCCUUCGCUUUUCCAUCUGAGGUGCCCUCCAAGGCUAAAGUAGUUUGGGAAAAGUUCUCAAACCAACCCGAGUUUGAAAGAGAUUUGUUCUACCACGGCACGUUUCAGGAUGACUUUCUGUGGGGUGUAUCCUCUUCAGCCUAUCAGGUUGAAGGAGCUUGGAAUGCCGAUGGCAAAGGCCCCAGUAUUUGGGAUAACUUUACGCACACACCAGGGAACAAUGUGGAAGACAAUGCCACUGGAGACAUAGCCUGUGACAGCUAUAACCAACUGGAUGCCGAUCUGAAUAUGCUCCGAGCUUUGAAGGUGAAGGCCUAUCGAUUUUCUCUCUCCUGGUCUCGGAUUUUCCCAACUGGGAGAAGCAGUUCUAUCAACAGUCACGGUGUCGAUUAUUACAACAGGUUGAUCAAUGGCUUGGUGGCAAGUAACAUCUUUCCCAUGGUGACACUAUUCCACUGGGACCUGCCACAAGCCCUCCAGGAUAUUGGAGGUUGGGAUAAUCCUUCCUUGAUUGAGUUGUUUGACAGCUAUGCGGACUUUUGUUUCCAGAACUUUGGUGACAGAGUCAAGUUCUGGAUGACCUUUAAUGAGCCCAUGUACCAGGCAUGGUUGGGUUAUGGCUCAGGGGAAUUUCCUCCAAAGGUGAAGGACCCAGGCUGGGCCCCUUAUAGGGUUGCCCAUGCUGUCAUCAAAGCUCAUGCCAGAGUCUAUCACACUUACGCUGAGAAGUAUAGGCAGCAGCAGAAGGGGGUGAUUUCAUUGAGCCUCAGUACACACUGGGCAGAGCCCAAGUCGCCAGGGGUCCCGAGAGACGUGGAAGCAGCUGACCGAAUGCUCCAGUUCUCCAUGGGCUGGUUUGCCCACCCCAUCUUCAGAAAUGGAGACUAUCCCGAUGCCGUGAAGUGGAAAGUGGGGAAUAGGAGUGAAUUACAACAGCUGACCACCUCCUGCCUGCCAAGCUUCACUGAGGAAGAGAAGAGGUACAUUAGGGCCACGGCCGACGUCUUCUGCCUCAACACCUACUCCUCUAGGAUCGUGCAGCAUAAAACGCCCAACCUAAACCCACCUUCCUAUGAAGAUGACCAGGAGAUAGGCGAGGAGGACCUUUCAUGGCCUUCCACGGCCAUGAACAGAGCUGUGCCGUGGGGGACACGAAGACUGCUGAAUUGGAUCAGAGAACAGUAUGGUGACAUCCCCAUUUACAUUACCGAAAAUGGAGUGGGGCUGGCAAAUACAGAAUUGGAGGACACUGAUAGGAUAUUUUACCAUAAAACCUACAUCAAUGAAGCUUUGAAAGCCUACAGGCUCAAUGGUGUAGAUUUUCGAGGAUAUUUGGCAUGGUCUCUGAUGGACAACUUUGAAUGGUUGCAUGGCUACACAGUCAAGUUUGGACUGUACCAUGUUGAUUUCAAUGUCUUGAACAGGCCUCGAACAGCAAGAACCUCUGCCACAUACUACACAGAGGUCAUUACCAACAAUGGCAUGCCACUGCCCAAGGAAGACGAGUUUUUGUACGGACCUGAUGGCUUCAUCUGGAGUGCAGCUUCCUCAGCAUAUCAGGUUGAAGGUGCAUGGAGAGAAGAUGGCAAGGGACUCAGUAUUUGGGAGAAGUAUUCUCACACACCUCUGAGAGUGGGGAACGAUGACACUGGAGACGUGGCCUGUGACAGUUAUCACAAGAUUGCCAAGGAUCUGGCAGCCCUGCAGAACCUGGGUGUGUCUCACUACCGCUUUUCUGUCUCCUGGUCCCGCAUCCUCCCGGAUGGAACCACUAGGUACAUCAAUGAAGCAGGCCUGGACUACUGCUUGCGGCUCAUUGAUGCCCUGCUGGCUGCCAACAUCAAGCCGCAGGUGACCAUUUACCACUGGGACCUGCCCCAGGCACUACAGGAUGUUGGUGGCUGGGAGAAUGAGACCAUUGUCCAGCGGUUUAAAGAGUAUGCAGAUGUGCUCUUCCAGAGGCUGGGAGACAAGGUGAAGUUUUGGAUCACGGUGAAUGAACCCUUGGCUGUUGCUAGCCAGGGCUAUGGCUACGGGACAGCAGCUCCAGGAAUCUCCUUAAGGCCUGGCACUGCCCCCUACAUUGCUGGCCACAACAUAAUAAAGGCUCAUGCUGAGGCCUGGCAUCUGUAUAACGACGUGUACCGCGCCACUCAAGGUGGCAUCAUUUCCAUCACCAUCAACAGCGACUGGGCUGAGCCCAGAAACCCCUCCAACCAGGAGGAUGUGGAGGCAGCCAGGAGAUUCCUUCAGUUUACGGGAGGCUGGUUUGCACAUCCUAUCUUCAAGAACGGAGAUUACAAUGAGGUGAUGAAGACACGGAUCCUCGACAGGAGCUUGGCCGCAGGCCUCAGCAAGUCUCGGCUCCCAGAAUUUAGCGAAAGUGAGAAGAGGAGGAUCAACGGCACCUAUGACUUUUUUGGGUUCAAUCACUACACUACUAUCCUGGCCUACAACCUCAACUCUGCAUCUUGGAUCACCUCCUAUGAUGCCGACAGGGGAGUUGCUUCCAUCACAGAUCGAUCUUGGUCAGGCUCUGGCUCCUUCUGGCUAAAGAUGAUACAUUUUGGCUUCAGAAAGAUCCUGAACUGGAUAAAGGAGGAGUACAACAACCCGCCGAUUUAUAUAACAGAGAAUGGAGUGUCCCAGCGGGGAGAGGUAAACCUCAACGACACUGCGAGGAUCUACUACCUCCGCAGUUACAUCAAUGAGGCACUCAAAGCUGUGCAGGAUAAGGUGGACAUUCGAGGAUACACAGCUUGGAGUGUGAUGGACAAUUUUGAGUGGGCCACAGGCUUUGCUGAGAGGUUUGGGCUGCACUUUGUGAACUACACUGACCCUUCUCUGCCGAGGAUCCUCAAAGAGUCGGCCAAGUUCUACGCCUCCGUAGCCCGGUGCAAUGGCUUCCCUGACCCUGCCACAGGGCCUCACCCUUGUCUCCAGCUGGAAGAUGCUGUUCCCACCAUCAGCCCGAGAAAGGAGGGAGUUUCGUUCCUGGGGCUAACACUAGGUGCGGCAGAAGCACAAACAGCUUUGUACGUACUUUUUUCUCUUGUGCUUCUUGGAGUCUGUAGCGUGGCAUUCCUGUCAUACAAAUGCUGUACGCAUUCCAAGCAAGAGGAAACACAGCCAGGCCAACAGGAGUUGAGUAAUCUCUCUUCAUUCUGACCCACAAUUACCACCUUCACAAGCUCUAUGAAGUAGGCUGAGUUUGUGUGCCACCCACAAAGCUCAUUAGGACCUUAGAAGUCCGCCUAUCCUGGACUUCAUAAAGACCUUCUGCAUUGUUAGAGAUUACUUUGAUCUUAAAGGAGUUCAAGACCCUGAUUAAAAUGGAAACAUCUGCAUCUUAUCCCUGUAUUGGGAAUUCAUUUGGGAUGAGAGGAACCUGCAGGUGGCUUUGUGGGAAACGUGCAGAUACUGAACAGGUCUAAUGGUUUUGUAAGGCACUUAACCGGCUCAUUGCACAUUACAAAGCUUUUAUAGGUGGAAACAUGAGUAAAGACCAUAGCAGUCUUUUAUAAGAAAUCAGCUCCAGUGUGUAGACGGACUUCAUCAUCUCCUGUUUCACAGAAAAUAAAAAUGGUAAUGUGAACUACAUCCUGUCUCCAGUGGUUGCAACUCCUUGAGAAAUUAGGUACAAUGGAAGUUACAAAGUCACACAACCUUUUAGGGCUUCUACUUAGCUUUCCCAUCAGAGCAAAGCAUUCUGCUUACUUUAUGUUCCCUGGGGUAGAGACAACACAGAACAUAGAAAGAGAUGACCUUUUUAAUUAUCCUUUAUCUCCUCCACCCCCACAUUACCACCUUUUAUGUCCUUCCUGGCUCUCCGCUGUCUACUGGACAACUUCUAAGGACCCAAGCAUGGCCUACAAGGCCCGUGUGAUCUUUCACUUACCCACUUCUUCUCUUCCUCCUCUCCAUCCAUGGUAGUUCUGAAUUGCAUGAAGGUCUUUGACCAUACUCCAUUUCUUUGUGUCUUUGCAAAUGCUACUCCUUGCUGCCUAGAAUACCCUUUCUUCUGAAAAUGCCUCCAAAUCUCAGUUUAAACAACGUACUUCCUCCUCUGCAUACCUCCUCUGAAUUCCCCAAGCAGAUACUCCUUCCUCUGCUUUGCUCCUAGAUAUCCCUCCUUACAGCUUGUCCACAUUAUACAAGAAUUGUUUGCAUGUUUCUCUGCUCAGCUUCUUGAGGCCAAGCAACAUGUCUCACUGACUGUGGCAAGCAUAUUUUCGAGAUGGAGUGGAAGAAAGCAUACCUGCUCCUUUUUUGUGUUUAUCCAUUCACAACAAUAUCCAGAGUAGUGAUGGGACCACAAAAGCACAUUACCCUUGAACGUGCUAAAGAGACAAUCUCAGCGUGACAAACUUAUUUGGUCCAUAUAUUGUUUCUAGAUAAUCUAGGAGAAUUUCUUUUUAAUAAAGAGUAAUUUUUGGAUGAUUUUGAAGAGUGAGCUGCUUGAUAUUUUGUUUCUUAUAAGUAGCGCUUAACUGAAUUGUUACAUCUACAGUAAGUUACUGUCAAAAUAUUCCACUGUCAGGUAGGGGUAGGGUCUAAAACUUGUAUUAAAGACAUUUCUUGGACAUGAGGACUUAGUAUCACAAGCUGUCAAUUAUACCUAAGUUAAUCUCAAAAUUCAAUGCAAUUCAAUAUAAAUGUCAGUGUAACUUCAGCUGAACAAUGGGCUCAAAUAUAUCAAAGAUGAUCUUGAAGAUGAGACUGGACAAUGUUUCAUUCUGUUAUAUACAUAAGGUUGCCAUGAGUCAAAGCUGCCUUGACGGCAACUAACAACAACUUUUUUGGGAGAAGAGGAGACAAAAUGAUGUAAAAUUUCACAUAUUAAAUAAACUUUUGAGAAUAAGCCAGGAUAACUCUGGGGAAAAAAGAUUAUGAAAACAUAUUGUAAAGUUAGUUAUUAGUUUGUUAGAAAGAAGAGAGAGACCAAUACAGGAAAAGGGAACUAGACACAGAUCCACAUCAUAUGGGAAUGCAGUAUGGACAAAAGUGGCAGGUCAAAUCAGGGAAAAGAUGAAUUAGUCCAUAAAUGGUGGUGGGUCAACAAGUUAGCUCUUGAGGACAUUAGCCAUGGGUAAGGGGUGGGAAGUCAGAUCCCUUCCUUGGAUACCAGAUUAAAUGUAAAAAAUGAAACCAUGAGAAUACCAGGAUACAUGGGUAAUUUUUUUUAAAUUAAACUUCGAAAUGGCUUCAAGACCUAGAAGCCAUUAAGAAAAACACUUACAAAUUUGACCACGUAAACACUGUGGCGAAAAGUACCAUGAACAUAACUCUUCAGAAGAUAGGGAGAAAAUAUUUACAUAUGCUAGACAAAGGGCUAAUUUUCUUAAUAUACAUGGAAUUCGUUUAUAAAUCAAUAAGAAAGAUGAACACAAAAAAAUUGGCAAAGAAUACAAACAGGUAGUUCUCAGAAAAUAAACUGAAAUGACCAAUAUUAAAAGAUGCUCAAGUUCAUUCAUGAUAAACGCAAUGAAUGUAAGAUGCAUACAAUUUUUCAUCUAUCAUAUUGACAAAGAUGAAAAAGUAUAAAACAGUGUUGGCAAGGCUGUGGGGAAAUGGACAUUCUUACACACUGUUGGUGGGAGUGUAAAUUCAUACAUCAUUUGGAAGCAGCAACUGGGCAGGAUAUUUCAUAAUCCAAACUGCAAACACCCUUUGAUUUCCCAAAUUAGACAAAUGUAUCUUAUGGGUAUAUUUUUGCAACUAAGGUACCACCCCAAGGAUGUUCACUGUGUAGCAUUGUUUGUAAUAGGAAAACAAAAACAAGCAAAAAAGCUUGUAACAACCUUAAUGUCCGCCACCAGAGAACUGAAUAAUCGGGGUGCAUUCCUAAAGUAGAAUGCUAUGCAGCCAUUAAUAUGAGGUAGCUAUGUGUUUGAUAGGGAAAGAUUUUCAAGACUAUGUGAGUAAAAAAGCAAGAUGCAGGGUAGUAUAUAUAAUAUGAUCCCAUUUAUUUAAAAAAUAAAGAUUACAUAUUUGCUUAUAUAUGCAUAAAAAUUUCUAAAAAUUACAUAAACUGUUAAGAGGUUAUCUCUGGGGAAUAGCACGGAGGGUAAGAUGCAAGCAGGGAGACGCCGUUUUCAUUUUAUGGCCUUCUCUACUGAAUUGUUUACCAUGUACACUUUUUUUAAAAUAUAAAAUUGAGGCGGGAUUUCCUAUUCAAAGAUUAUGAAUCUGUUAUGUGCAAUUUCUUAAG